AUGAUUGGUCCCUGUCUUCAUGGGCAUGAUGGUUCCUUGCUUUAUCUUUCUACUUUCUUGUCGCUAUCCUUGCCUCUUUUUUUGUCGUUUUAUCGCCCCCCUCCCCUCCUUCUCACUUUCAUUUCCGUUUCUCCUCUUCCUCUCAUACCAGAACUUUUGGCGCUUUUAUCUCUCUCUCUAUUUCUAUUUCAGCCCUUGUAUUUUACCCUCCCCCCUCCAUCAACUGCCCUUGUUCUGCUCUUCCUACUCCACCUAUCAAAUAACCUAGGGGGUUAUCAAUGUCUUGCAAACUGUAUCUAUAAGCGCUCUCGAAUUCUUUCUAUCUACCACAAAGACCCACCCGCAUGCUCGUAUGUAUUUCGAAAUCUUCUUUCUUUUAAUCUAUUUCUUAAAAUCUCCAUCUCUCUGUCAAAGACGCCAGACUUAUUUACCUCUGCUGUGACAUCUCUUUACCAAACUUUGGCACACUCCCCCAACAUAUCCACGUUUUCACCCCCCCCAUAUCCACGUUUUUCACCCCCCCCAUAUCCACGUUUUUCACCUGCGUCUUCCGUUCUAAAUGAUCAACUCAUCUUCUGUCUGCUAAUCUGUCUCUCUUUGUUUCCGAAAAGCCAGAAAGGGAGCGAACCACGCGGGAGAUUGGUCCGGAAGGAGAGUGUCCGCGCAACCAUCCCUACACAUCAUCCUCGCCAGAGCGGCGGCGCUUGGGAAGCUUGUGCGGAUUUCGGUCUCCUGCGAAGGACUACCGUUUUCGUCGAAAACGACGGGGACGAGCGGCGAGCGAAGGAACGAACGAACGGCACCUUGCAUGCGCGCACAAAACACGGCGCAGAAGCGAUAAUUCUUGGCCUUAGGUGCCGUUUAGCGCCAUCUGCGGAAUCAUUCAGCUACACAACGACUGUACCACAAAUUGCCUUGGUGUUAAUAGCUCACCCAUCACCCACUACCGCUAGUUCUCUCCUCCCUCUCAUAGUCGCAAUUCCUUUCCCUAACCCCGCCACCGUUUUCUUGGUCCCCCGUGGUGGCUUCCUACAAGCAGAAAACAUAGAUGGACGCUUUAGACAUGUUCGCUUUUACAUCAUCCUUUUUUUGUUCAUCCAAGUCUCUACAUCUGUGAUUAAUUUCCAAUCUUCAUAUUUUUUCUUCACCUUUAGGGUUGGGGUGGGGCAGGAGUUGCAUCUGGAACCCGGUGAAGGACGUUCCUUUCUAGACAUACGUACAGACACUCGAAUAGAACACGCAUACACAUGUGAAGAACGCACAAACACACGGCCUCUCUCUUUCCAUCUCUCCCUCUCCCUCUCUCCCUCUCUCCCUCUCUCCAUCUCUCUCUCUUUCCAUCUCUCCCUCUCUCAUGGCCUUACGAGUAUAUCCAAUUGA